AUGGAACAGCACAGACAAAUUUUAGUUCCAAAUAUGCGUGCGGCUGUUGUGUGUGCCUUUUUAUAUAUUAACUGUGCGUACGCGCAGGUAUUAUAUGACAUAUACUUCGGUAAGCCGCUGAAAAGUGAAAGGAAUACUUUCCUCAACUCUAUAAACGCUACGAGCUUGUGCACAAUUCGGGUGGAGCCAUGUAAGAAACACGAAGGUCGCCGCGUGGACGGCACCUGCGCUAACCCCAAGUACCCGUCGCGUGGCGGCACGGCCACUCCUCUGCUGCGAAUGUUGCCAGCUAGCUACGGAUUAGGGAACACUUUACGGACCUCGGUGAAUGGUUCAGAACUCCCAUCCACUCGGCUCCUGCGUACCAAGCUGCUAAGCGACGGUCAUCCUGUAGACCACCGUUUCACCGUCCAUGCUUCUCAACUUGCUAUAUUUUCCUUUACAGACAUCGUUGACGUAAAUGCUAUUUUACGAUCCGUGCUGGUGAGCGACUGCUGCAUUGGUAACACACCGAACCGUGUGAACCCACUAUGCAUAGCCAUACCGGUGCCUGCGGACGACCCCUAUCUGCGUCGUACCGGAAUCCGCUGCAUGAACCUCACGCGAGUACCCACCUUCCAAGAGUUGGGAUGUAUAUCCAACGCCAUACCUGCAGAGAGGUACAAUCUGCCGACCCCCCUGUUAGAUUUAUCUGUUGUCUACGGAUUUACAAAUGAGCAUGAGAGACAACUUCGAGAAUAUAGAGGUGGCCUACUGAAAUCAGUGAAACGUAAUGGGAUGGAAUAUCCUCCUAGUACAUCAACUGACUGUUUUGGGAACAGAAGGCCGAUCGAGAAUGCUUGCUAUGGAUUCGGUGAUGAUCAGAACGGUAAUGUUAUCUCCAUCGUAACAUUGAUCGCUUUGUGGUUCUUCCGGGAACACAAUCGUCUGUCACAUAAGCUGGCAGAGAUCAAUCCAUGCUGGUCAGACCAGGAACUGUUCAAAACAGCGCGGUACAUCAACAUAGCGCAAUGGCAGCACAUGGUUUAUUACGAGCUAAUGCCAGAGUUUAUAGGUAGGGAGAACGCUUUAAACGCUGGAGUCAUACACAACACGCAAGGCUACGUCAAUGACUUUGACGAGAAUUACGAGCCAGGAUUCUACUACGAGUACCUCGUUGGUGGCCGUUGGUUCCACAACAUCCAGGAUGGACGGACGGAUUUGUACAGUAAUAAAGGCGAGUACUUAGGCACUAGAACUCAAGUGGACGACGUAUUCCGCAGCGGCAUCUUAGAGCUCAACAACACUGAGGCAGACCUCACACAGGGCGUUUUUCGUCAACCCUCACAUAAAUUCGACUACGUCUUUGACCCUGAUAUGGUAGAGCGGGUAGCAGGUAAUCUGCAGGCAGCACUAGACGUGGCAGCCGUGGACAUCGCUCGUGGACGAGACCAGGGUCUGCAGCCAUACAAUCAGUACCGCAAGCUGUGCGGGCUGCCUUAUGCUCACAAGUUUGAAGACUUCCAAGACGUUAUAUUCGCAGAUAAAGUAGAACAGAUGCGUCGCAUAUACUACGACGUGAACGACGUGGAUAUGAUGGCGGCCAUCCACAGCGAGAAGAUGAUCGAUGGUGGAUUUGUGGGACCGACGCUCUUCUGCAUCAUUGUCCAUAAUCUACUGCAUUGGCGCAAGUCCGACAGGCAUUUCUUCGAACACGGGGACAUACCAGCUGCCCUCACGCUACAGCCAUGUAAGAAGCAUGAGGGUCGUCGCAUAGACGGCACCUGCGCUAACCCCAAGUACCCAUCGCGUGGCGGCACUGCCACUCCCUUACUGCGAAUGCUACCAGCUAGCUACGGAUUAGGGAACACAAUAAGACCAUCGUUGAGUGGUUCGGAAUUACCAUCUGCCCGACUCCUGCGAACGAAGUUACUGAGUGUCGGUUACCCUGAGGACCACUACUUCAACAUCCUCGGCGUGGAAUAUACGGGCCCGAACGACUGCUGCAUCGGUAACACGCCAAACCGGAAGAUUCCGAAAUGUAUCUCCAUACCAGUGCCGUCUGACGACCCGUACCUGCGCCGCUCCGGUAUCCGCUGCAUGAACCUCACACGCCAGGUGACCUUCCAGGAGAGAGGCUGCAUACCCAACACCAUGCCGACAGAGAGGUACGGUCUGCCGACGCCUUUGUUAGAUUUGUCAACCGUUUACGGAUAUACAAACGAGCGCGAGAAACAAAUUCGUGAAUAUGAAGAUGGAUUACUGAUAUCAGAGAAGCGCAAUAAGAUGGAAUAUCCUCCUGACACAGCACCAUAUUGUUUUGGGAACAGAAGGCCGAUCGAGAAUGCUUGCUAUGAAUUCGGUGAUGCAGUGGCUGCUAAUGCUUUUCCCGGUUUAACAUUAGCUACUUUGUGGUUCUUCCGGGAACACAAUCGUCUGGCACGAAAGCUGGCUGAGAUCAAUCCAUGCUGGUCAGACCAGGAACUGUUCGAGACCGCCCGGUACAUCAACAUCGCGGAGUGGCAACACUUAUUUUAUUACGAACUGAUGGCAGAAUUUUUGGGUAGAGAUAAUGCUUUAAGUACUGGGGUAAUAUACGACACACCCGGACACGUAAAUGAUUUCGACGAGCAUUAUGAGCCCGGCUUGUACCACGAGUAUAUCGUCGGCACCCGGUGGUUUCACACCUUCUUGGACAGCCGCACGGAUUUAUACAGCAAUCAAGGCAAGUACCUAGGCACUAGAACAGCGGUCGAUGACGAAUUCCGCAGCGGCGUCCUCGAACUCAACAACACAGAGGCAGACCUCACACAGGGCGCCUUCCGUCAACCCGCACAUAAGUUCGACUACGUCAUUGAGCCUGACUUGGUGGAACGAGUAGCUGGCAACGCUCAGAAAGCGCUAGACGUGGCGGCCGUAGAUAUCGCUCGUGGCCGUGACCAAGGCCUGCAACCCUACAACCAGUACCGCAAGCUGUGCGGACUGCCCUACGCUCACGAGUUUGAAGACUUUCACGACGUUAUAUUCCCAGAUAAAGUGAAACAGAUGCGUCGCAUCUACCAUGAUGUGAACGACGUGGAUGUGAUGGCGGCUAUAUACAGCGAGAAAAUGAUCGAUGGUGGAUUCAUGGGGCCGACACUCUUCUGUAUCAUCGUUCAAAAUCUGCUGCAUUGGCGCAAGUCCGACAGACAUUUCUUCGAGCACGGAGACAUACCAGCUGCCCUCACGCUACCUCAAUUGAAUGAAAUAAGAAAAUCAAGUGCAGCCAGGCUCCUGUGUGACAACGGAGACGGAGUGGAUGAGAUCCAACCGAGAGCUAUAUUGAAUCCUGGACCCGGCUCAUGUACAAUCCUAGUUGAGCCAUGUAAGAGGUACGAGGGUCGCCGCGUGGACGGCACCUGCUCUAACCCCAAGUAUCCGACUCGUGGUGCAGCACCCACUCCACUUCUAAGAAUGCUGCCGGCUAACUACGGAUUAGGUAACACACUAAGGCCUUCUUCGAACGGCUCGGAGCUGCCGUCCACCCGACUCCUGCGCACUAAGCUGCUGAGCGACGGUUACCCUACGGACCACAACUUCAACGUCCUCGGCGCUCACUUAAGCGUCUUCGCUACAAUGGACACCGUAGACUUGAACUCCUUUUUGCGAUACACUCGAGAGAAUGACUGCUGUAUUGGCAAUAUUCCGAACCGUAUGAACCCGCAAUGCAUGGCCAUACCGGUGCCUUCUGAUGACCCGUAUUUGCGCCACACAGGCGUCCGCUGCAUGAACCUCACACGUCACGCCACCUACCAAGACAUGGGCUGCAUUUCCAACACCAUGCCUGCAGAGAGAUACUCGCUGUCAACACCUUUGUUGGAUUUAUCCAUUGUUUACGGGUUUACCAAAGAGCGUGAGAGACAAAUUCGGGAAUACAAAGAUGGACUGCUGAUAUCAGAGAAACGUAACCGGUUAGAAUAUCCUCCUGACACAGCACCCCAUUGCACCGGGAACAUCAAGCCAACCGAGAAUGCUUGUUAUGAAUUCGGUGAUUCAUUGGCUGGUAAUGAUUACCCUGGAAUCACAUUGACCGCUUUGUGGUUCUUCCGGGAACACAAUCGUCUGGCACGAGAGCUGGCAGAGAUCAACCCAUGCUGGACAGACCAGGAACUGUUCGAGACAGCGCGGUACAUCAACAUAGCGGAAUGGCAGCACUUGUUUUACUACGAACUUAUGGCAGAGUUCUUGGGUAGAGAGAAUGCUUUAAGUACUGGGGUAAUAUACGAUACACAUGGACACGUAAAUGAUUUCGACGAGGAAUACGAGCCAGGAAUCCACCACGAAUACAUCGUCGGUACCCGGUGGUUUCACACAUUCACUGAUGGACGUACAGAUCUGUACAGCAAUACAGGUAAGUACUUAGGCUCCAGGACAGCGGUGGAUGACGUGUUCCGCAGCGGCAUCCUUGAGGUCAACAACACAGAGGCAGACCUCACACAGGGCGCCUUUCGCCAGCCCUCACAUAAAUUCGACUACAUAAUAGAGCCUGAUUUAGUGGAGCGCGUAGGAGGCAAUACGCAGUUAGCUCUGGACGUGGCGGCCGUGGACAUAUCACGUGGACGGGACCAGGGUUUGCAGCCCUACAACCAAUACCGUAAACUGUGCGGGCUGCCUUACGCUCACGAGUUUGAAGACUUCCACGACGUUAUAUUCCCAGAUAAAGUGGAACAAAUGCGUCGCAUAUACUACGACGUGAAUGACGUGGAUGUGAUGGCGGCCAUCUACAGUGAGAAGCUGAUCGAUGGUGGAUACGUGGGACCGACGCUCUUCUGCAUCAUUGUCCAUAAUCUACUGCAUUGGCGCAAGUCCGACAGGCACUUCUUCGAACAUGGAGACAUACCAGCUGCCCUCACGCUACGUGAGUUGUACAUAUUAUUAUUACUUGCUGUGCCCGCGACUUCGUCUGCGUGGGAAGUAUUUUGGUAGAAUUCUUUUUUCCUAUGAGUGGAGUCAAAUCGAAUAAAAUCAAUGGCCCAUAACCCACUAUGCGGGCUUAAUGCGGAUCGGUGGGUGUUAACGUUGCUGAUGCAGCCAGGAAUAACGGCUUAACAUGCAUUGUACUAGUGUUGUGCACAGUGCUCAACUCAAGAUAAUAAUGCUUUGAUCACCCAUCCUGUGAUCUUUUUCUCGUUUCUCGCGCUCUGGUUGUCGCUUGUGUCUGAGCAUUUUAUUCGUACCUUUAAACUGUCCUUCUUUUGCUUUUGAUCUUUUUAAAUUAUUAUUAUUUGUCUACUUGUGUGCACAAUCGGCUAUUUAUUGUUCUAUUUUCCAUGUAAUGCUAGGUUGCCUGGAAGAAAUCGCACUCAUCGCUAGAGUUUGUCGUUUGUACUUAGUCAUGUAAAAUAAGUAUUCAUGUAAGUCCUUGUUGUGCAGUAUUUACUUACUUAUUCAACUGCAAUUUAAACCGAUGCGCUAACCCACUACGCUAUUGGACCUCUUAUACCUAAGCUAUACUAAUAUUAUAAAGAGGUAAGAUUUGUUUGUUUGUCUGUUUGCAUCGAAUAUGCUCCGAAAGUACUGAACCAAUAGUUUCAAAGCGAUUCCGACCUACGGGAAGCUACAUCAGACCUGGAUGUCAUAGGCUAUAAUUUUGCAGCAAAGUCGAGGGAAAACAGCUAGUUCAUUAUACGCUGUGAAAACUUAUCUUCGGUACGCCUGUGUAGUAUGAACGCAACACGGGUUGGCGAUAAUAGAAACUACAUUCUCGAUCUUUAUUGUGCAAACUGCGAGCUCUUUCAGAGACCAAGCACAUUUCUCUGUCAAAGGAAGUUUCAUACUCAUACCAUAUUGCAUGUAUGUUACGAUCAGCAGUUAGACGCGCUAUGCGAUCUUCAGAAGUUUCCUGUGAUCAAACGUUUGUUGUAUGAGUUCUCCGAGAGCUCAAAAGAUUGGUAAAUGCUUACGGUAAAUACUUUAGAUUCAACUUUAUAGUGCAUGAGCCUCGUGAUGGGCAGUUAAAUACGCUUCGCGUUUUUCAGGUGUCUCCCGAGACCGAGCGCUUUCCAAAAUACGUGGAGUUUUAUUUAUUGAUAUAAAAAAAAUAUAUACAUAUAUUAAUUUCGACUUUCCACACUCGAAGGAAAUUGUCUACUAACACAUACUUCCGAGUGAGAUUUGAACGGCCCUAAUCAUCAUCAUCAUCAGCAUUUUUACGUCACCAACUGCAGGAGCUUAGGCCUUCCUUAUGGAUGGUUAAGGAGGAAGGACCACGACCCUCCAUGCUGGCCCAAUGCGGAUUGAAGGAUAUUAACGACUGCAAAUACAACCGGACCAAUCGCUUUACGUGCCUUCCGAAGUUAGGAGUUGCUUGAGAUAAUAUUUUUUUGGUCACCCAUCUUGUGACCGAUCUUUGCGAAAGUUGCUUAACAACUACAAUCGCAAGCCAUGACGCUUAUUCACUUUGCCACCAAGCUACUCUGAACCGACCCUCAACCUCGCGUAAUGAGUGUUGUGACCAAUGAAUAAACCAUUGUUUCCAGCGAAGACUGAAAAUACCAACUUUGAAGUAUGUUAAAAAAAAGGUAUUAACAUAAAAAAUAGAAAAGAAAUAUAUUACUCGAGUUGUCUUUACGUUCUUAACUUCACUUUGACGUGAAUCUAACUUUUUAACGUUGUGCAAAAUCUUCUGACAUUGUCUCUGUUACCUGGCAAACAACAGGGGAUGAGUAGGAUUCUCCUCCGUGAACCCGACAGUGAGCUGCUCAGUGGGUCCCCAGAGGCCUACCCACCAAAACCCGUACGCUACACCCUCUCAUCGGAGAUGAAACCCGGCAAGCUAUGGCCGAGUCACCAGGACACUCAAGUAUUUUACCAUUGGUCCCCUUGUAGAUGGAAAAUUGGAGAGGCUCGGGUAAAUCGAGUGCCUCUCCCAGACAGACGAAACCGUGCAAUGCGGGGGCGGUUGCCAACCACCUCCGCUGGCCCCGACGACAACGUGAACCUAAUCUGAUAAAAAUAUGCGUUCACUGCAAACUACUCGAUGCUUAAUUGCAUCAUCGGAAGGCUCUUUUUGCUUGUUCUCCUACUCGCGUGAUCGUAUACCAAACGUCCAUUAUAAGCUGAACCCCAAUAUAAAAUGAGGUCGACUUACUUUGGAAUAGUCAAAAUUUUGGAAACUUAUUCUUUAUUUGUCAUCAUACAAAUUAUCAUUUUAUACACAAUAUUAAUUCGUAGCUCGGUGGCGUUACGGAUAAGCGCCGCUGCGCACGAUCGCUAUUGCUAAGCAAUUUUCGCAAGAGUUGUUCAUGGGAUGGGUGACCAAAAAUUAUUAAAUAAAGGCCUGAGGCCCUGCAGUUUGACUGUGAAAGAGUUUAUAAUGAUGAUCAAUAUAUCAAAGACGAAAAUUAAAUAAAACAGUUAAUAUUUCAUAGCAAUUUUAGCGACCACGUCACUUCAAAUUGACAUAACUUUUUUAUUUGUGAACCGAUUGAACUAAAUCUCACACUAAAUGUUAACGGAAGAAUACCGCAAUAUAAUAAUGAAAACUGCAUUUAAAUCGGUUUAGCCGUUUCUGAGAUUAUCGUGCACAAACGCACAGACAAACAGACAAUCCGACAAACAGAUAAACAGACAAAAAAAUUAAAAAUCAUUGUUUUGUGUUCUAUUACGCUUAUAAAUGUCUCUCAUAACAGUAUUUUUCAUAUAUCUUCAAUGUACAGACAUCGAUCGGUUACGUUUUUAUUAUAGUAUAGAUUAGUUAGUAAUUAAUUCCCAUUGUGUAAUAAACUAAUUUUAUUUGUUCUUGUAUUAUGGCAAACUUGAGAUAUGGUGGCUGAACAUCUCGAUGGCACAGUAAAGCAACUUUCACAAGGGACCCUCAUAGGACGGAUGGUCAAAAUAUAUUAUGUUACGCUCCUCUAUGUCUUGGAGGACUUUAAUCCGUUCGCCCCAGUUACAUCCGCAGUCAUUAACCGCACUAGCCAGUUUGGGCGUGGUGAAUCAUGUCAAAUUCUCCCUUUGUAAGGAAAAGUUCCUAACUAGUGUUUAAUUAAUUAAUUCUCGAUGAAUUAUUUAACUAAACACCACCAUCAAAGGUCACCGCAAGAGCUUCAACUAAAUGAAAUAAGGAAAUCAAGUGCAGCCAGACUUCUAUGUGACAACGGAGACAGAGUGGAUGACAUUCAACCGAGAGCGAUAUUGAAUGCUGGACCCGGGAAUGAAAUAAGAUCGUGCGAAGCAAUACCCACAAUGGAUCUAGCCAAAUGGACAGACAAACGGUGCUUCCACAAUGACAAAAUAAACGACCACGAACAGGAACAUAAGUAA